CAAACAAAUUAUUUCCGAAACCCAAAAUUUGAAUUUAGUAGAAAGCUGCUACCGCGGAAACAAAUUGGAUAAUUUCCAAGCAAUGAAUAAAUGGUGAACGAAACUGAGCACCGCCAAGUAGAGGAUCCUAUCGCCAACUAUUCAGGUCUUUCUCUUUUCCGCUCAACAUUUUCUCUUCCAUCUUCAAAACCCUACGACGAUCUCGACGCCAUUCACAGCACUCUCAGAUCCAUGGACUUGAGAAGUUCUGCUAACCUUGUAGAGCAAGGGAAGUCUGUGUUAGAGUCUAAUUUGGGAUUCAACACAGGAAAUUCAACAAAAGAUGUUGGAGAUGAUGCUGUUUUUGAUGCUGAAGAGGAUGGAGAUUUUCAUCGGAAAAAAAGGGGACCAGAUUUAGGCCUCAAUCGUGCCCGUCCACGUUUCUCGCUUAAGGAGACCAAAAAGCCCUCUGUUGAGGAUUUAUUACCGAUUCUGGACUUCAAAAACAUCAAAGACCCUAACGAAUUGUUCUUGGCCCAUGAACGGUUAGAAAAUGCAAGAAAAGAAAUAGAAAAGCAGUUGGGUAUUGUGCCAUCUGAGUCAACUCUAGGUUCAACUAAACCACGGGAACGUCGACCGGGACUUCCAGGGUUUAAUCGAAGGCCAAUAAAAUUCAGACAUAGGUUUUCAAAAGAAACUUUGGACAGUAAUGCUGAUGAGCUGUCCUCCCAAGAAGCAUUUGAAUCUGACAGUCUAGAUCCUGUUGGUGAUAACACUGACAAAGGCAAAGCUUCUCUUGCAUCAUUGGAUAGUGAAGUAACUGGUUCAUCAGCUGUUAAAGAGAAAAAGGUCAAUGACUUUUUGAAAGGAUUGCUUACUAGAGAUUCUGAAGAGCUAGAGGGGGUUGGAGCAAUGGAUCGUUUGCAGGAGAGGUUACAGAUCAAACCCAUUGUUUUUGAGAAACCAUUUGUUCCAGAUUUCCCAGAUAGUCAACCAAUGGAUCUGGAAUCUUCGCAUGGAAAUUUGUUGAAGCCAAGUAAGGCUUGUUAUGACAUAAGUAAUUUGUUGAAAGGAAUAGACAUUAAGACGCCUCUUAGGCAGGAUGUAGGAUACCCCGAUAAGCAAUUAGCUUCACCUACACCACCAAGAAGUCCAGCUGUUUUGUUUUCAACCUUGCAGAAGCACAUUUCACAGUCAAAGGCGUCAGUGAAUCCAUUUUCAGCUCAUGAAAUUGAUCAUGGAUCUACAAAAGAAAGUUCACCAACUCAUAUGGUAAACCAAGAAGUAAAUAUUGUUGGUUCUAGUAAGAUGUCAGAUGAGCCGGGUGCGCCUAUAAUUGAAGAUGUUAUUGCUGCUGGUGAGACAAAUAAAAUUCUGGACACUUCUGCACAGUCCAAGGAAGACAAUUCUAGGAAGUUAUCAGAACAACUAAAUGCAUCUUCAAUGGAAUAUGAAGUUGCAGUUAGUGAGACUUGUUCGGUUGACGAUCCUAUCAAAAAUUGCAGCAGUACUCCCAAAAAUUCCACGGUGGAUAAUUCAAGGGAACCUGAUUUUAAUGCUAAUGUUGACUCGAAUGAACCUCCUGUUGACAUGGAUCUAGAUAUUGGGGGUAGUGGUGUGGAAAAAAGGGUUAUGGAUGACAUAUCGGGAAAGCAAAAUGUCGAGCUAAAUGAACCUGAUCACUUUGAGGACGAAAUGCUGGCAGAAAAUAUGCAGGAAACUUCAGAUUCUAUACCAACAGAUGAUUUAAAUUCCAACUUGGGGAUUCCACUAGCCAAUCAAUCAAAUCCAGAUGCACAUGAAGACAAUUCUAUGGACAAUAGGUCUAGAAGAUCAGAUGAUGGCCCAGAACAGAGUUUACAGAAAAAGACAGUUGGUUCUGUGGCACCUGUUAGUGGGAAAAAGAGAGGUGGAAUGUGUGCACAAAAAGCGUCCAAGGGCAAGAGACUUCGGCUGAAGAUGAGCCUCGCAGAUGCACAUGAAGACAAUUCUACGGACAAUAGGUCUAGAAGAUCAGAUGAUGGCCCAGAACAUAGUUCGCAGAAAAAGACAGUUGGUUCUGUGGCACCUGUUAGUGGGAAAAAGAGAGGUAAAAUGUGUGCACAAAAAGCGUCCAAGGGCAAGAGACUUCGGCUGAGGAUGAACCUCGCAGAUGCACAUGAAGACAAUUCUAUGGACAAUAGGUCUAGAAGAUCAGAUGAUGGCCCAGAACAGAGUUUACAGAAAAAGACAGUUGGUUCUGUGGCACCUGUUAGUGGGAAAAAGAGAGGUAAAAUGUGUGCACAAAGAACGUCCAAGGACAAGAGACUUCGGCUGAGGAUGAGCCUUGCAGAUGCUGGUACAUCAUGGGAAUCUGGCGUAAGGAAAAGCAGCAGGUUCAGGACAAGGCCUUUGGAAUUUUGGAAAGGGGAAAGAAUGGUGUAUGGUCGUGUACAUGAGAGCUUGACUACAGUCAUUGGAGUGAAGUGCAUGUCUCCGGGAAAGGAUGGCAACCCGAUUAUGAAGGUGAAGUCAUUUGUCUCAGAUAAGCACAAAAAGCUUUUUGAGUUGGCUUCUCGAUAUUGAGAUUACUUGUCUCCAGAUGUGAUGGUGUAAUUAAAUUUCCAGUACUGAUUGUAAUGAUAAUCAAAAUUGUGAUUAUGUGGUUUUAUCAGUAUUGUUUCCCCUGUUGGAUAAUGCAUGUAUUGAGAUACCUUGUCCCCAUCUAAUCUUGUAGGAGGAUUCUAUUUGAA